AUGAAGCAGAGCUUCUCCAUGAUCCGGGUCGAGGACCAUCUAGGCCGUUCUAGGCGUCUCUACGAGUCUCCGUUGAGUCGGAGGGGUUCUCGGUUACAUGUUAUUGUAACAGACACCCUGCGAGGUGUCGACUCGUCUCAGAUGCAGGGACUUAUGCCUUUCAGCAACCCCCUGGGUGAAGGAUCUGGGUCACUGGAGGUUGCGUCAUCGACUGUGACUCCAGCAUCAUAUGGAACUGCCCUACAUGCCCCCCUCACACUCUCGGACACCCUGCGAGGUGUCGACUUGUCUCAGAUGCAGGGGCUUCUGCCUUUCAGCAACCCCCUCGGCCUUACCGUUGACAACGAAAUGUCCACCGACUUCGGCACUGACAUCUCCAUGUCCCUCAAUCCAUAUGACGCCUGCUUCACCAGCACAUCAGCAUCUAACUACGAUUUCACCUUACCUGCCCGCUCCUUGUCAUCCAGCGAAAAUACACCGGCACACACUAUGGGAGACACAAGCGCCGGCCUUACCUUUGACAAUCAAAUACCCACUGGCUUUACCACCGACACCUCCAUGUCUUUUGAUCCCUAUGACGCCAGUGUACCCAGAACCCCGGCAUCUAACUUCGAUUUUAUUUUGCCUGCCCACUCCUUAUCAUCCGGCGCAACCACCCCAGCGUCCACUAUGGGAGACUCAUUGCCAGAUCUUACUUUUUCAUCCAGUCCAAUGCCAUCAUCUAGUCCAAUGCCGGAAACUCCCAUUACCUCAUGGAGGAAACAGACGUACAGUACAUCCGCAUCUGCCCUCAUGACACCCCCUCGCCUUCGCUUCCGCACUACAUCCGCUAUUGCUACCCCAUUACCGUCUUUUGCCCCCUUGCCGGUAUCAACGGAAAAGUAUAACUUCAGUUCUUCUGCAUACCCGCCUGAUCCUCCAGUGGUUCCAGCCGCUGGAACAGCUCAGGUUUUGGCGCCACCAGUAGUAUCCUCUGCUAGUGGUUCCGGCUGUGCUGGGGACUUGGAUUCUGCUCUUGCGCCCUCCACUGUUGAGGUUGCCCAGGUUUCAGAACAGCCGGCGCUCCUCCCUUCUGAUGUUGGUAGUGCAUCGGGCUCCGCUGUGCAAGCCGAUGACGUAGUUGCUCCUGCUGUUAGGAAGACAAAGCAUGUGCGCCAGCAGACGACACGUUUGGCACAGGCUGAUAGCAUAGGUGGCCAUUCUCAAAAGAGGAGGAGAAAGGCUAUGUGA